CGACGCUCUUUUUUUUUUUCCUUUUUUAUUUGGCGCGGAGCCAUUUUCAUCAUGGAAACCAACUCGGUUCUGCUUUCUCUUUGCCUUGUUUUCUUUUGCUACAUCUUACUUCGUCUUCAAACCCUCUUUAAGAAGCGUAAAAAGCUUACCAAGAAUCUUCGUCUUCAACAACAAGAACUACACCAGUAACACCAUGUCCGACAAUCUCAAUACUUUGGGUCAACGUUUCCAGUCAUUGCGCGCUGAACACGACAGCGAGGAGAAGAAGAAUGUGAUGAUGGCUUUAGCUGACCAACUUGGUUUACCUGGUACACCUGCAGCUGAUAUUUUAUCACGUUUUGGAAAACCUGAUGAAUUGACACCCCAGUUGGAGGGAGACAACCAAGCCUUUGUAGCGACUAUGCCUGGCAUUGCAUUGGGUGAAGGUGGCGUGUCGACCAAUGCCAGCGGUCCCGAGAAAGCUUAUUAUCUUGUCUACUACAAUAAGCCCCAGGUGGAUUAUUUGUAUUUUAAGAUUGAUCCUGUGAAGGAAACUGUCAUCACUUCGGAAUGGAAGAACAAAUAGUCAUUGUCACCCCAUCUUUUUUGUUAGUCCAUAAAUAUUUUUUUUGGUGCAAUGUCAAAAAGAAAAAAAAAAGUUGAUCACCAUCGUUGCCUUGAUAAAUUGUCAUGACAAAAAUUUAUAACUUUGUGAAAAUGUAAAACUUUUUUGCCAAAAUGUGAUAAAGAAAAAAGAUAAAAAGGAAAAUAAU